AUGACAUCAGCUAAAGUUCAGGACAUAGAUAUGUCAGAAGCAGUGAAAGAUGAAGGUAAAGAAACCUUAAAUCUAACAAGAGUGAUAUGUAAGUUAUCUGUAGAUAGUGAUAAAGCUAUCCUACAAAGUGAAACAAAAUCCAUGAAACCUGAUAAA